AAUGUCGUUUGUCAUUUCAUUCUAAUAAAAGUCAGAGUUUUAAAACUAUUGUGUAGAUUUUAAAUGAAUUCGGGUGAAUGCAUGUAAACAUAUUGUACACUAAUAUUUACGGUUUAGGAAGUGUCAGUUAUUAUGAUUAAUAAACUGAAUAAAAACAUGCAAGUAUGAAAGCAGAAGUGAAACAGAUACAUCUAUCUCUAUUAUGAACGUGUACUACGCCCAUAAUAAUUUAAAUAGAGAACCUGGUUUGAUUAGUGAUUGUGAAACAAUGGCUGAAUUAGCUGCUUUAUUACGUUCAGACAUUCCUGAAGGGAGAAGUAGUUUAUCUGAAAAUCAUACAAAUUUACAAAGAGUUGCAGAAUAUUGUGAAGCAAAUUAUUUCCAAAAUGAGAAUAAACGUAUGGCAUUAGAAGAAACCAAAAACUAUACUACACAAUCAUUAGCAAGUGUGGCAUAUCAAAUAAAUACAUUGGCAUACAAUUUCCUUCAGUUACUUGAUUUGCAAACUACUCAAUUGGCUGAAAUGGAAAGCCAAAUGAAUCAUAUUUCCCAAACUGUUAUGAUCCACAAGGAAAAAGUAGCUAGAAGAGAAAUUGGUGUAUUAACUGCAAAUAAGAGUACCAAUCGGCAGUAUAAGAUUAUAGCACCAGCAAAUCCUGAAAAACCUAUUAAAUAUUUGAGGAAACCCAUUGACUAUACAAUAUUUGAUGAUAUUGGUCAUGGUAUAAGAAGUGGAGGAACUCCAAGACAAAAGCAAAGGGGAUCAAGUCAAGGAAGUAUACAAUCUUUGAACUCUAUGCAAGGAAAUCCUAUGGUUGGACCUGCUCCCACUACAAAGCCUCCUACACCUCCACAAGUAUCCAGAACUUCUAGUAAAGUGUCGGUAGUUUCUGGAGGGACUCUUAGUAAGGGAAGCAGAGAAUAUAGAACUCCGCCAGCUGUGGCACCUCCUCAGGUCCCUAGCCAUUAUGCUCCAAAUUAUCCAAUCGGGCAUCCACGACGGGCUAAUGAAAGAGUAUCAGGAUAUGGUACAUUACCUUUGGCAGGAGCUCAUCAAGCAGGUCCUCAAAUAGGAAUGGUUCAUCCAAUGACACAACAACAGCAAAUUGUUCAACCACAAACUCCUCCACCUCCACCACCACCCGUUUCUGGUGGUUAUGUGCAGGAGCAGCAUUUAAGUAUGCCACCUCCGCCAACUCCACUAAUUAACACACAAGAAAUGGUACUUUCAUCUAAUCAGCAGCAUCCAAUUAUGAUGGGUGGCCACCAUGUGCCGGUUCCUCAGGGUAGUUUAGGUAUGCACACUUUGUCACAUGCACAAGGUCAUCGCAUAUCUCAGCAGUUAGCUCAGAAUUUUGGUAGACAAAAUAGUGGAGCUCAAUCUCCACCUCUUCCUCCACCUCCACCCCCAGAAGAUGAACACGAAGCUUUCGGAAGACCCCGAACCUCAGGCAUGAUGCCUAUUGUACCCGAUGAGGAAGAUUUACCAGGUUGGGUGCCAAAGAAUUAUAUUGAAAAAGUUGUAGCCAUAUACGACUAUUAUGCAGAUAAAGACGACGAACUGAGUUUUCAAGAAAGUUCAGUAAUAUACGUCCUAAAGAAAAACGAUGAUGGUUGGUGGGAAGGAGUUAUGGACGGCAUCACUGGACUCUUUCCCGGGAAUUACGUAGAACCAUGCGUUUGAGAAAAAAAUCAAUAGUUAUACAUGUAAUUUUUGUAGGAACACAUAAGCUUUUUUAUGAAUAUUUAUAGAUGACGGUUGGUAUAAAAACUGUAAAUGAAAAUAAUAAGAAAGAAGCAAGUAUUAUUUGAUUUUUGCACCUAUCAAAAAGAGCUAUGCUCAACUUAUAAAUUAUAUUAUAUACUGAGUUCAUUUGAUUUUUCAGAGCAUAAACUGGUCCUUUCAGGUAAACAAUACCAAUUAUGAGAUGAACUUACUAUCGUGAGAAAUAAUGAUGUUAAUUCAAUCUCUGUUGAUCAAAAACCAUUUUUUAAAUAAAUAUCUGAUAGUAUAAUAAAAUAAUACGUGUGUUGCUACUUAAGUUUUGAGAUAGACAAAUAAAAACAAAUAUUUAUAAUUGAAUAUGGCUUUAUUAUUUUACAAAAUAUUCUCCAAUAACCAAUUGUUGAGGCAUUUCUCCCAUUCCGAUCAAGGUAGCUCCAAAACAUGUGAUUUGAACGCAUCAAACCUUCUUCAGGUGAAGACCUGACCUCACAAUUUAUUUUUGUUCUGUAACAAUAAGAAGAAAUUAUUGGGUGCCAAACAAAGACUGUAUGGCAGAUGAUCUAUCAAUUCGAGGUUUUGACUGUUCAAAAAUGUUUUUGUUUGAACUAUUGCAAUAGGUUUCCCUGAUUUUUUCGAACACUUGGCGAACAAAUGCUGGUGUACCAUUCAGAUCAAACUUUAUGACAGUAAUAUCAGAUUUUACUUAUUCACAUCAGUGUUGCCACAUAUCAAAACUUAAGUAGCAACCCUCGAAGCACCGCAUUGUAUUUUUAUCACAAUGGAAUGCUUGAUUCUAUGUAUUGCUAAAAAUAAGGUAAUAAGUAGUUUGGUGGUUUGGUUUAAAAGGAGGUGAUUUUAUUAUUACUUGUACGCAGUCAUGAUUUGAGUUCAAUGGUCAAAUGUGCCCAAGUACCGGCAGUAGUUUUUAAGAAUAGUGAUCCCUAAUUUAUAGUGAGGAAAAUCUUUGUAUUAUAACAUUAAGCAUUAUGAUUGAUCAGAAAGUACCCAGUAAAUUGUAAACUAAUUUGCUGAUCUUGAUGUGAUUUGAUUAAACUUUGUUUCAAAUUUAAUCAAUUUUAUGAUUUUUUAGAUUGAUUUAGUCGAGCAUACUGCAAGAAUUGAUGUCCCUGACCCAUUUACAAUAAAAAAUUGAUUACUUAA